AUGCUUUCUGCGUUUUUCUUAAUCAGUAUAACAAUUAUUUCCCUGUGCGCCAUCCUUUGGUCACGCAGGAAAUAUUACAAAUUGAUGUUUAAACUGCCUGGUAAAAUUGGAUAUCCUCUUUUGGGCAACGCUUUACAAAUUUCACGAAGAGACGAUAUGUUGAACAUGUUGAAAGAGAAAGAAACAGAAUAUGGUGGUCUCUUUUUAUCAUGGAUCGGCCCAUUUCCAAUAGCUGUCGUAAGUGAGCCCCAAUUAGCGCAAGAUGUGCUAAACUCGCCAAAUUGUGUCAACAAGAGUUUUGUCUAUAAAGGAGUGGAAGAUGCCACUGGACCAGGGCUGUUCACAUUAGAUGAUCCAGAAUGGAGUUACCACAGAAAAUUACUGAAUCCAGCUUUUUCGCACAAAAUAUUGUUAAGCUUUAUACCAAUUUUUAACAAAGAGGUUGAUAAUUUAAUAAAAGUUUUCGAGACGAUCCAAAAUUCUAAUGUGGAUCUUGCGACGAUAUUACAAAACUUUACAUUAUCGAUUGCCACACAAACUACCAUGGGUCAGAUUAUGUCAGAUAAAGGCGUUGACUCGGGCGUGGACGAAUCUUUAUUGCAAGCCUUUCCAUAUGUUCAAGAGACAAUUGUUGAAAUGGGAACCUUGUCCUGGCUUAGCAUGAAGGUGCUGGUCUGGAUUUUGGGAGAUUAUGAGAAAUACAAAAAGGCUAAAGCAACAAUUCGCAAAUUCAUUGGAAAUCUAAUUCUGGAGCGGACGAAAAUUAUAUCGGAAAAGUCGAAACUUGAUGGAAAUAUAUUUAUAAAUCGCGCCAUUGAAUUGCUCCAGCAGGGAAACUUCACACACAAAAAUGUCGAAGAUGAAUCAAUUGUCAUCGUUUUUGGUGCAUUCGAAACGACAGCAACUACUUUAAAGCAUAUUAUAACAUUAUUAGCAAUGCAUCCAGAAUAUCAAGAUAGAGCCUUCGAAGAAAUAUCCUCACUGCUCCCUCGAAAAGAACAUAUCGAAAUGAGUUAUUCGGACAUACAGCAACUCUCCUAA